AUGUCAGCUGAACAGAAUUUGGUGUCUGAUUUUACUGAGGGGUCGGGUUCUUGGCUUUCUUCCCCUCAGGGAUUUGACACACUUCUUGUGCAUGGAGGUGUGAGGCCGGAUCCUGUGACGGGGGCGGUGCUGACGCCGCUGUAUCAAAGCACUACGUUUGUGCAGGAGUCAAUUGAACUCUACCAGCGGAGGGGCUACAGCUACACCCGUUGCGCCAAUCCGACGGUGUCGGCGUUGGAGAAGAAACUUUGCGCCAUUGAAAAUGGCGAUUAUGCUACGUUGUACAGCACCGGCAUGUCUGCAACAACUACGGCUAUCUCUUCCUUUAUGAGUGCGGGUGACCAUGCGAUUGUGACGGACUGCAGUUAUGGUGGCACAAACCGUGCCUGUCGUGUGUUUUUUUCGCGUCUUGGCUUGGAAUUCACGUUUGUUGAUAUGCGCGACGUAAAGAACGUCGAAGCCGCAAUCAAGCCGAACACGAAACUGGUUUUGUCUGAGACUCCCGCAAAUCCCACCUUGACGCUCACGGACUUGCCCGAGCUUUCGAAGCUCUGUAAGGCGAAGGGCCUUCUUCACGUGUGCGAUAACACGUUUGCAACAGCCUUUAUUAUGAGACCACUCGAUUUGGGUGUUGAUGUGACACUCAUCAGCACCACAAAGUUUGUGGAUGGGCACAACAUGACUGUUGGAGGUGCGCUUGUAACGAAACGGAAGGAUUUGGAUGAAAAAGUGCGACUUACACAGAAUAUUCUUGGCAAUCAAAUGUCCCCGUUUGUUGCAUACUUGCAGCUUCAGACGGUCAAGACGAUGUCGUUGCGCGUGGCGAGGCAGAGCGAGAAUGCGCAAAAAGUGGCAGAAUUCCUUGAGACUCACCCUGCUGUGGAUAAGGUGAUGUACCCAGGCCUAAAGAGUUUUCCUCAGAAGGCGCUUGCUGACCGUCAGCAUGCCAACAACCACCACGGUGGCAUGCUGUGGUUUGAGGUGAAGGGUGGCACGGCGGCGGGACGGAAGCUCAUGGAUACGGUGCCGCGUCCUUGGUCUCUCUGCGAAAACCUUGGUGCUGUGGAGAGCAUCAUUACGUGUCCAUCCAUAAUGACGCAUGCUAACAUGACAGCGGAAGAUCGUCUGAAGGUUGGAAUAACUGAUGGGUUCAUUCGCGUUUCAUGCGGUAUCGAAGAGGCAAAGGAUUUAAUUGAGGCGCUCAAGACCGCGUUGGACGCGCUUUAA